AUAAGACUUGAGUUGGAAUAGAUCGAGAGAGAGAGAGAUGGGGUUUGGGAAAGAGGUUGUGUUAGCAGUUAUGGUGGUUUUCUGCUUGAGUUCUCAGCUGGAGGCUCAGCUUCAAGUGGGGUUUUAUGACAGCAUAUGUCCUCAGGCCGAGCUUAUUGUGAAGACUCAGGUUACAGUGGCACUUCUUAGUAACAUCGGUCUGGCUGCUGGACUUGUGAGAAUGCAUUUCCACGACUGCUUCAUCAGGGGCUGCGAUGGGUCCGUUCUCAUAGACUCAACUUCAACAAACACUGCAGAGAAGGAUUCUUCGAUCAACAAAAGCCUCCGAGGAUUUGAUGUCAUUGACAGUGCUAAGGCCCUGUUGGAAGCUACAUGCCCGGGAAUGGUUUCAUGUGCUGACAUACUUGCAAUUGCAGCAAGGGAUAGCAUAGAACUGACUGGAGGGCUCUCAUAUGAGGUCCCAGCUGGACGAAGAGAUGGAACAGUCUCAUUAGCGUCCGAGACAUUCACUAAUUUGCCAGGGCCAGGCUUUAACGUUGAUCAGCUUACCCAGAGCUUUAAAGUUAAAGGUCUCACCCAGGAACAAAUGGUCACUCUCUCCGGGGCACAUACUAUUGGCCGGUCGCACUGCAGCUCCUUCAGCAAUAGACUCUAUAACUUCAGCACUACCGUGAAAGAAGAUCCAAGCUUGGAUGCAACUUAUGCUGCACAAUUGAUGCAGGAAUGCCCCCAGGGGAGCACAGACCCAAAUCUGGUCGUCCCAAUGGAUCCUUCUAGCCCAAACAUCGUGGACACCGGCUAUUACAGCAACAUCCUCGCCAAUCGAGGCUUGUUCACAUCAGAUCAGACCCUGCUAUCGCAAGUUGCGACCGCUGGCCAGGUGAGGCAGAACGCUGCCAAUUCCAUGCUCUGGCAGAACAAGUUUGCAGCAGCCAUGGUGGCAAUGGGUCAAAUUGGUGUCCUCACAGGAAGCAAUGGAGAGAUACGUCGCAAUUGCAGGGUUGUUAACUAAAGAGUGUCGGUUGCCCUUUUACACCCCACAAAGUGUAGUAGAAGAAAGAGAGCGAAAGUUUUGUUCUAUGCUGGCCCGAUGGUAUGAGUCCAUGUGCAUGGAUUAAUACACUACAAAUUAUAAAAUUUGUAUGGUCUUUUAUAUGUUGAUGUCGAUGUCGAUGUAGUGCUGUUUUGCAUCAAGAAAUAGUGAUGCAAUUAAAGGAGGGGCUGUGAAAUGAUUAGAAAAGGAAUAAGACAAGACGUGCACAAUGGCUAUUGGCCCCACAUAGCUCAGUCUUUGUCAAGGAUUUUCGUAAAUUGGACGCGUUCAGCAAUAUCUAUGCCCUACCCAUGUGCAAAUUAAAUAAGCAAUCUUGAUUAGGAUCCCAAUUCCCAACCGCAGCUGGCUGUGCAAGCUUUUCGAUCCAGCAGGGAGGAUGGAGUGAAAUUUGUAGGCUGUAACGGGUUAUUUGGCAUCACUUCUGUCAAACCUAAGUGGUUCACUUCUUGUAGUCUUUUUUU